AAUCGAAUUAACGAAGAGCUCAGUGAUGAGGUGAUUUCGCUGUGUCAGGCGAGGAAAAUUGACUGCGAAUACGUCGUAGUGACAGAUAAGAAACCGGGUGAUGGAAUUGUGUGCAUUGUUAACGAAAUGAAUAUCCAAUUAAUUGUCAUGGGCUCUCGAGGCUUGAGUGCUAGUCGACGAACAAUUCUUGGAAGUGUCUCUGACUAUGUCCUGCAUCACGCACAAAUUCCGAUUUGUAUAAUUCCACGAGAAUAUGCCCUCAAUUCUCGCAGUUCUAUUGAAGUAUGUCCAGAAGGAGCCAAUGAAUAA